AUGGGUUCUUGUUUCAGCAAGAAGAAGGGCUCCUCUCCUCCUGCAGUUGCUGAUUAUGUGGCCAUUUCUUCAGCACCAGCACCAGCAGCGCUAGCGGUGGCUGAUUCCAAAGUAAAGCCGUCAGUGUCGUCCGUGCCAGCAAAACAAGAACAAAUCGGAGAAGAAAGCAAAGUCAAAAAGGAGAUAUUCAUCAUCAAGCACCGCAAGAGCCACGAUGAUAGAGACAGGCAACAAAAAGCUGAUGGGGUUGCAGCCUCUGCUCCUAUUGCUACUGCCCCUACCACCGAUAGUUGUAACCAAGUCUUCAUGGAUGACAAGAAGGCUGCAGAGGCAUCUACGGGCACGGGAGUCCGUGUCAGGACAUCCAGCUGCAAUAAAGAAGAAGUGGAUGCCAUACUUAUACAGUGUGGAAGGCUAAGCCGCAGCUCUUCUGGGAAGGCUGCUUCUUCUUCCUCCGCUUCUUGUGACCGCGGCAAAAAGUACUCUGGAUCGAAGAGGAGCUAUGAUUUCGACAACUGUGAGAAUGACUAUCAAGUCGCUGCAACUUCUGAGGAUGCCAAGAAUAAUGAUGAUCUUUCCGAUGAGAAAACCCACCACCACCGGCAACGCCACCGCCAAUCCCCAAGGCAUUCUCCUUCUCAAGGGAGGAGGAGGACCCCCAGCAGAGAAAGAAGCCAGCAGCAGCGAUCCAGCAGCCGAGAGAGACGAACAAGUAGAUCCCCUGGAAGACGCUUAUCAAUGGAGCAAAACAACCCCAAUUGUAAUGCUAACACUACAGCUACUGCAACUGCUAAUGUUAAUCCUGACACUAAUGGCACUAGUAGGCCCGGAAAGAUGAAGAUGGUUUCAGUUCCUGCCACCGUGAUGGACAAGAACAGCAAUGGGGAAUCAGCGACCACUGGUUCCAUCAAGCGGAUUUCAGUGAAGAGAAAUGCUGGUGAUGCAGUAAAUGUAACGGUGGGUUCAAGGACUGCCGCAUCACCCCGUUCUCAGUCCCCUGCAAGAGGAGGAGCAAAUGCUAAAGCAUCCAAUGACAGUCUGCAGCCUUCACUUAGCCGCAGCUCUUCAAGAAAAGCAGAGCAAUCUCCCUACAGAAGGAAUCCAUUGAGUGAACUCGAUCCCAAUUCCCUUGCAUAUCCGCAAGCGCAUAUCAACAACACCAACAACAAGAGUUCUUGCAAUGUUCUGAAUCAGCUGAAACCAAACGUCGAGAUUACCUGUAACAAAAUUAUUACUCAAGGGAUUAACUACAGAAGCAGCACCGCAAGUAGUGCAAUGGACAACAAAGUUGUGGAACCAGCAGGAGCCUCAGGGGUUGAUUGCCUAAAACAUCAGACAUUGACAAGAAGCAGGUCCUCUAGGCGAUCCAGAGACCUAGACAUCAAUCCCCAAACCCUUUCCAAUCCUCCGCCAUCAUAUACUAGGCUAUUGCUUGAAGACAUACAGAAUUUCCACCAGCAGAGCUCCAAUGCCGCUGUAGUAUCACUCCCGCAGUGUGUGACAAAGGCUUGCUCCAUCCUAGAAGCUGUUGCUGACCUCAACUCUACUACAAACUUCUCCGCGGACAGGAAGAGCCCCUCAAUAGAUCAAAUAAACAAAAGUUCAUGCUACUACAACUGUUCGCUGGAUGCUAAUCCUGUUCCAAGGAAAGAUAUUCCUUUUGUGGAGUCUGAGGUACUUGUUGGAGAUGAUUUAGUGGCGCCAAGCUUCCACAAGUAUGUGACAGUGAGAAGGGGAGGGACAGAUAUGGAGGACCAAGAAUCAUCUGGUAGCAACAGCUUUGUGAGUGGUUCUCAACAACCCCAAUGGGGCUUGUCUUCUUCAUGGGAACCCAAUUCAGCUGACUCCACUGAUUGCUGGACUUCGAGGUCCAGCACCAGAGAGGAUGAUCAAAAUUUUGAUAUGGAUGAAGCAGCCAGGAGGAGACUGAGCCGGAGAAAGACAGAUGGACAGAACACGCAGAGUAGUUGUGGGAUCGGACGCGGCAAGCUUGCAGCCGCUAGUAAAGGUCUUCCCAUAAUGCCAGUUGUUGCAGCUGCUGCAUCCACGUAA